GAAUCCAAACCAUCUUUUUUUUUGUGAUGUUUUUGUUAUAUUUUUUAAAAGGAAGAAAGAACGAAAAUAAUACUACGGAGCAAAUGUUUUAAUUCGAACAAAAAGGAAGAAGAAGAAAAAGUUAUUGAAUUUCGUUGAAUGAAUUGUAGUUCGAAGCUUUCAUCCAUGGCGAAGAGACGGCACCUGAUACCUUCUUUUUUCUUCCUCCUCCUCAUCUUCCUUACAGUUCUUGGAGUGAUCGUUCCAGUCUUUGCUCUUCUUCCUUCAUUACAUUCUCACUCCCAAGGUCUCUUCCGCCAUCACCAUGAUCGUUCCAACUUCAACAAGAUGCAGCCGGCAUUCCACAAUUCUCAAGCAGUUGGAUGGUUUGUACUUUAUACCAGGUUCAUACUAGAAAGUUUGAGAUUGAUGAUGACAUGUUCUGGAAAGAUGGUAAACCAUUUCAGAUUAUUGGUGGUGACCUGCAUUAUUUCAGAACUCUUCCUGAGUACUGGGAAGAUAGACUGCUUAGAGCAAAGGCAUUGGGAUUAAACACGAUCCAAACUUACAUUCCCUGGAAUCUGCAUGAGCCAAAACCUGGAAAUUUCACAUUUAAUGGGAUUGCAAACAUAGUGUCGUUUAUCCAACUCUGUCAGAAGCUAGAUUUUCUAGUUUUGCUCCGGCCAGGGCCUUAUAUAUGUGCAGAGUGGGACCUUGGGGGUUUUCCUGCUUGGUUGCUUAGCAAAAUACCAGCUUCUAGGCUAAGAUCCUCAGAUCCUGGUUACCUCCAAUGGGUUGAACGAUGGUGGGGGGUUAUUCUUCCAAAAGUAGCUCCCCUUCUUUACAAUAAUGGAGGCCCUAUAAUAAUGGUCCAGAUUGAAAAUGAAUUUGGUUCAUAUGGAGACGAUCAAGCUUACCUUCACCAUUUGGUUGCGUUGGCAAGAGGUUACCUUGGGGAUGAAAUAAUAUUGUAUACUACGGAUGGAGGUACUAGGGAAACUCUUGAGAAAGGAACCAUUCGUGGCAAUGCCGUGUUUUCGGCUGUUGACUUUUCAACCGGUGAAAGACCUUGGCCUAUUUUUAAUUUACAGAAGGAGUUCAACCCUCCUGGAAAAUCUCCACCUCUUACUGCAGAGUUCUACACGGGCUGGCUUACACAUUGGGGAGAAAAUAUUGCAACAACUGAUGCCAACACUACAGCAGCUGCCUUGAAUGAAAUAUUGGCAGGGAAAGGAUGGCUCAUGGUGGAACAAAUUUUGGAUUCUAUAAUGGAGCAAAUACUGGUAAUGAUGUAUUGGAUUACAAGCCUGAUCUCACUUCGUAUGAUUAUGAUGCACCAAUUAAGGAAUCUGGUGACGUUGACAAUGCUAAAUAUGAAGCAAUUCGAAGGGUUAUACAAGGCCUUUUCAAAUUCUAACUUCCAUCAUUGUAAUCCUCUAGCAAUUCGAAGGGUUAUACAGCACUACAGCGGAGCGCUGAUUCCUUCCGUUCCUUCUAACAAUGAAAAGAUAGGUUAUGGACCAAUUCAGUUGCAGAAAGUUGCAUUUUUGUUUGAUCUAAUCCAUAUGAUGGAUCCAGUUGAUGUGGCUGUGUCUGAAGAACCACUGUCAAUGGAAUCUACGGAUCGGAGCUUUGGAUUUUUGUUAUAUACGACCGAAUAUGUGGCCAAGGAUAAUGAUGAUGGACACGUUUUAUUUAUACCAGAGGUGCAUGAUCGAGCACAAGUGUUCCUCUCUUGCUCUUCUAAAAACAAGGGUGUACGGCCAACUUCGGUUGGCAUUAUUGAAAGAUGGUCAAACCGGCGGCUUAAUCUACCAAAUACGAGAUGUGACUCAAAUACUUUAUCCAUUUUGGUUGAAAACAUGGGUCGCAUAAACUAUGGACGCUACUUAUUUGACAGGAAGGGUAUCUUAUCAUCUGUUUACUUGGACAACAAUGUUCUACAUGGAUGGAAAAUGAUUCCAUUGCCUUUCAACAACCUGAAUGAAAUUCCAAGAGUCGAUUUCUUCUCUCAAAUUGCACAAUCUAGACUCAGCAAAAUCAUAGCAAAGAGAGGCUUAGAAGCCAAGUUUGGUAACAUCUCCGGCGAACCGACACUAUACAGUGGUUACUUUUAUGUCGACGAAGCGAACCUCAGAAAAGAUACGUACUUAUCAUUUGGUGGUUGGACUAAAGGAAUUGCAUUCAUUAACGAAUUUAAUCUUGGAAGAUUUUGGCCGGUUGUAGGGCCACAAUGCAACCUAUAUGUUCCUGCUCCAAUUCUUCGGCUUGGGAAGAAUAUACUGGUCAUACUCGAGUUAGAAUCUCCAAAUCGUGAUACUGUUGUACAUUCUGUUGAUCGGCCAGACUUCACUUGUGGUUCUUCCAAGUCCAACUUAUCUCAGCAGCUUUUAAGCCACCAACAUUCUGUGGGCCUUUGAAUUUGAUACGAAGGCACAACCUUAAAUCAGCCAUCCAAACUGAGUGAAAUGAGUGAUGAAUGUAGGUAAUGGGGAUUAUAUCAAGUUCAAGAGCAAGUUUGUCAUAUUCAAAAGGUAAAAUCUUUUUACGGUUAUUGAGGAAUCCAGUAAGGCUGUAAGCUAUUUUCUUGAAGAAUUUAUAACCUUGAAUUCUAAAAUUUAGGGUCUGUUUUUUUUUAACUUCAGGUGAUGUAGAAACAAAAAUGGCGCAUGAAAUAGAGAACUCCCAAACGACAGUAGACUAUUUUAGUAGUUCUUGUUAAACGUUUUUGAAGAUUAAGUCUAUGGAUGAGUUUCAUCAUUUUCUUGUA